AUGCCCACAGUUUUACAGCUGGUCCAGUUCUACAGCCUCUAUCACAUGCUUGGCUACAACCCCAUUCUGAAAAAGACGCCCAGCUUUAAACCUCUUCCUGAUCUGGUUUUAUCAGCAGCUGGAAAGGUGACUGAAGGCUGGUAUAAAGAUCUAGUCAACAAAACAAAUGACAAAAUCCCACCCUACAGCCACUGGUCCCAGGAACAGCACUGUAGGUUAGACCUGAACGAGAAGGCUCAAGGGCACCAUGAAAAUUUUGCUGCUGUAUUUGCUUCCAGCCACACCUCAACCACACAUCUUGGAAUGUUUAAGGCCCACACUCACGAUACCCAAGCAUUUACCAAUACAUCAAGCUCUCCACACUCACUGCUGGAUGCUCACACAUCCCUCGCACCCGCACUUGGAACCAUCUUCCUGCGGAGCCGGGACCGCGAUACGCCAGGCGAUACAGCUUUUACUGCAAGGGAUCCGACACCCUUGAAGGUGCAGCUCAACCACAGCACGGAGCUCUCAUUCCCCCGAGUGCGAACUCAAGCGCUCCCAUCAGCCUGCACACCCCGCUGCGGGCACACCAACUGCAAAUCCCCAUCCUUAAGGCACGUACAGAACGACACAGGGGACAAAUGCCCGAUUCCCCGAGACCGCUUCUCAUCCCUGCAGGCACACCGAGCGCAGCACCUUUCCCCCGCCGCGCAUGGAGCGGUUCUCCCCGCACGGCCCCGGCCCCGGCAGCGCGGGCACACCGAGAGCGCCGGCUCCGCUCCCAGCGAUGCAGGGUCAAGUCUGUCUGCCAGACACCUGCAGUCCUCUCCAGUGCAGGGGGACUGUGCUUUAGAGGAGGUUCUGGCUCUUCAGGCCUUUUCACCAACUACAGAAUGUGUCACCUACACUGUUGAUACCGCGGAGGAGGAGGAUUCGGAGAGAGAAGAGUGUCAACCCAGAGGCUGGAGCACGGUGCUUAAGACAGAGAGCCAGAGAGGAGAUGACAUCAUAAAGCUCCACAGGAAAGAGCAGACAGAUGCCAGCACCACAGGCGACAGCAGAAGGCAGCAGGUCAAGAACAGGAGUUCAGCCCCCGGCUAUGGGCGGCCCCGGUUCGGCGCCUGGAAGCAGAGGAAUUUGCAAGGACCUAAUCGUUUCAGAAGAGGGUUUGGACAGCAGCAAUUCAAUCGGAGACAAUUCAGGAACACUUUGCCUGGUCGCAAGAGAAGAGCAGCUGCUGCAUUCGAUGGAGUGAGCCCUUUAAAUCGCCAGGCAUCGGCUCAGGAGGGCAACAAGAAGAGCAAUGCUUUUGCCAAAAGCAGCAGUGGGCAGCAGGAGGAGCAGCCACAGCCAUCUCCAGGCCCCAAGAGAUUCAGAGCAGAUGCUGCCAGCGUCCGCGCCCCCGGGAGAAGCAGGCCUUUCCUGCUGAACAGAGGACCAGCGUUCCAGCAGAAGCGGGUGCAGCCGUGGUUCUCCAAAGCCCGCUUCCAGAGAGGGCAGAUGGAUUCUCAAGGAGAAGGGAAACCGCCAAGGAUGAGGAGGUGGCAAGUGAAACCCAUCCCUGGAGCAAUCCUGACGGUUUCUGUGGUUAAUCCCCAGGCAGGCCAGACCAUCUCGCCUGGAUCCAAGCGCCCGUUCCUGCGAAGCCAGAGACCUCCAGCACGAGUGACCAAGCCCCAGCCCAAGGGGGUGCUGCUGAGAUUCAACUUCCGCGCCAUGGCCAACCAGACCAGCCUGACGCUGGAUGAGAGGUUCUCUGGUCUGAGGAAUAAGAGGCGCUUUACAGCGGCCAGGAGCGCCGGACGGACGGUCACCAUGCCGUAGGACCGCGUGCUCGUCACAGGGACUGCCUGUGACAGCCCAGGCUCCAUGACAAGGGCUCAAUAAAAGUUGCUAGAUUCCCUUUGAGAUAGCU